GAUACGUCGUAUGUGGCACUGAAUCGGGCCAUAUCAACAUGCCAGCUAAAAAUUGGAUAGGAUCUCAUUAGGAUGUAUGGGCGUUCCACAUUUGAUCAUCUGAUUAUGGCCUAUUUUCGCAGUCAUACAGACAGGUCCUUCAGUAUUUGGACAGUAGUGAAGUUUUUAUUAUGUUGCGUCUGUACAUUACCUCAGUGCACUAACCCUUUCAGACCCUGCGUCAAUUACAAUGGACUUCAUGUCAUUAUAUUUUUUAAUUGUUUUGUUACACAGAACCCUGAUUAAGACCUGUUGUCCAACAGAAACCAGUCAAUGAAACAGUAGCUUAGCCCCGCCCACUGCACUGGACAAAUAAAAAUCAGCAACUCGGACAUUAGAGCAUGUCAACACUACAGAACAAAUAAGGCAAAGUAAUGAAAACUCUUUUUUCUUUUUAUCAUAUUAAGUUAUAAUGUUUUGGCUAAUUGGAUUUAUUUUAAUACAGAUUUUGUAUUAGGAUAGUAGUGUCUAAUUUUGUGUGCAUUACAGACAGAAAACAUUCUUAUAUUUUUUCAUCAUUGGAACAUAAUUCAGGUCUAAAGAAAUUUAAAUGAAGUGAAGACUUCCAAGGUUAAUUAAAUAGUUGGGGAUUGGAGGAUUUCUUCAUAAUCUAUCUGUUUUGUUUUCACAGGAUUAAGAUAGCUUUUGCAGGUUGUGAUCAUGCAAAAAAAAAAAAAACAUGUGAAAGUUUGUCUACAUGUUUUUUACAGCGCUGCGGGGUUAAGUUAGCCCGGGUCAGUGUGAGGGGAGACGGUGGGAAGUGUGUCAGUGGGGGACAGUGCGGUGGUGAACAGUGGGUGAAACGUUGGGCCUCAGUAUAAAGUCUUUGUCUGCACUAUCGACUCCUCCCGACUGACGAUGCCUCUGCGUUGCCACGGACAACGGUCGUCUUUCCGCUUCAAAUCACUUUUGAACACGCCCACCUGCUCCGGGGUUGGCGCUCGGACUGCCAAUCAAGUUUCCACCUCGUGCUCCUAUUGGACAGCUGGGCUGUCGCUCACCUGUAUCGCGCUCCUAUUGGCUAAAGCAGAGGAGUGGGCUCGUUCUGGGACUUAAACCGGAGCAGGGACGCAGAUCAGCUGCAGCAGCGGGUCUGCAACAAGUGUCUUGCUGUUAUUUUCGAUAGUUGUUCUCUACCGGGGUUCUGGUUUGGCAUUAUGGUGAAGAAUCGUCUGCAGAUCGGAGUUUUUUACUGGAUAGAGGGGUUGGACUGGUAGGAAACUAAUCCAAAGCCCGGGUUUAAGUGGGUCCUGCUGGUGAAUGCUCCAUGUGUGAGGGGGGAUUACCGUGAAACUCCCGGAUUUGCUGAAGUUUGACAUGCACGCAGUCUGGAGUGUCGCGUGACCUCGUGUCGCAGUACGGGCGCGCGCUCUCCGCUUCUCCCGAGUUCGCGUUUCUUUAAGGACUGCAGGGUCCCGGCCGCCCCGCGCGCCCCCCGUGACGCAGUGAGUGUAGUGGGCAGGUGAGCGAGUGCCCCCCGGAGAGAGGAGAAUGUCGGACACUGGCUCAGAGGAAGAGGUAUCAGUGCUGAGGGAGGAGGGGGUCUCCGGAGGAUCAGUCAGAAAGGGAUGUGAUCCUCUAGUGUUAACACAGCGCAGCAAACUUCAGCAGAGACGAGCCAAACUCAAUCAACAAAUCAACCGUGAGCUGCGUUUACGAACAGGAGCAGAAAAUCUCUACAGGGCUACAACUAAUCAGAAAGUAAAGGAGACUGUGUCAUUGGAGUUGAGUUUUGUAAACUCAAACCUGCAGCUACUUAAAGAAGAACUGGAGGAGCUGAAUAGCAGCAUGGAAGUUUACCAGACAGAGAGUGAGAAGGUCAAUGUGCCCAUGAUCCCACUUGGACUCAAAGAGACUAAGGAAAUCGACAUGACUAUCCCUCUUCAGGACUUUAUCAGUGAACAUUAUGGAGAAGAUGCUUCUCUGUAUAUGUCAGAGGUCAAAGAGUUUAUGGAUCUCAGACAGGCGAUGCGCACCCCCAGCCGUAAUGACGCGGGACUCGAGUUGCUCAUGGAAUACUACAACCAGCUCUAUUUUCUAGAUCAGCGCUUUUUUGCCCCACACAGGACACUGGGAGUUCACUUCCACUGGUAUGAUUCCCUGACUGGUGUGCCUUCGUGCCAGAGAGCGCUAGCUUUUGAGAAAGGAAGUGUGUUAUUUAACAUUGGGGCACUUUACACACAAAUUGGAGCAAGACAAGACCGCUCCACACUGCCUGGCAUCCAGAACGCUAUUGAUGCUUUCCAGAGAGCUGCUGGAGCUUUUCUCUACUUGCAAGAGAAUUUCUCUCAUGCUCCCAGCCUAGAUAUGAGUAGCCCUGCACUGAGUAUGCUGGUUCGCCUCAUGGUUGCUCAGGUUCAGGAGUGCAUUUGUGAGAGAGUAACACUUACUAUGGAGGAGAAUGAUCUCAUGUCGAACCUACAGGCUGCUCAGGAGUCAGCACGAGUUUCAGAUGUUUAUUCGCUGGUGCUGCAGGCCAUGUCUGUGCCUUUACUGAAGGAUUAUGUGCCAUUCUCCUGGCUCUCUGUGGUCCAGGUCAAAACUCAGCAUUUUAGAGCACUGGCCCAUUACUACACUGCUGCUGCACUGUGCGACUGCUCAGAUAUGAUUGACAAGGUCAAUGAUUGUGGUUCUGCGGUGAAGGCCUUAAAGCUGGUCCACACUAGACCUCCAGACACACUGUGUCUACAAGAGCCAGAGGACAGACUGAGACUGGGUAAAGGUCAUUUGCGCAAAGCCAUCAUAAGACACGAGGAGGCGUUGCGCCUCCAUGGUGUGUGUAAGAUGCUGCGCAAGAUGGAUAUUUUACAAGAAGUCCUAUCAUAUGCACACACACGCUCACUGGAGAAAUACUCAGACAUUGAUCAAGAGGAUGAUUUUUGUGAAAUUGCAGAAGCGCCAGAAAUUCAGUCACACACUUAUCAAAAGCCUGAUAUUAAAACUCCUGACUUCAGCUCAGUUAGAGUAACGGACAUCUUUCACCGACUGGGCCCUCUCUCUUUAUUUUGUGCUCGGAAUCGAUGGGUGGGUCGUCGUUUGUGUCUGGUGCGAGGAGAGGCGGGGCUUGGUCUCACUCUGCGUGGGGAUUCACCGGUUUUGGUUGCUGGUGUGCUGCCAGAGGGAUGUGCUGCUGAGGCAGGACUUCAUGAAGGUGAUUACAUAGUGGCUGUAAAUGGUUCAGACUGCAGAUGGGCAGAGCAUGCAGAGGUUGUUCAUGUUUUGAAAGGCUGUUCUGAAAGAGGAGUGGAGCUUGAUGUUAUUACCCUACUCACAAACGAGGUAGAGAAAAGGGCAGCCUCACUUUCACCCAGCAGUGACCGGGAGACUGUCACUCAACAGAGACAAGGUGGAGACAGUGACAGAGGCUCCACCUCUUUACUGAACUGGAGCUGGAGAAGUGGUGGAGGAGGCAGAGUAACAAAGAGACUUGGCAGCACUUUUAGCCUUCCAUUUGGCAGUUUGCGCGAGAGUGAGUCUAUGUACUGACAGAAAAUGAUGUAUUUAAGCAAAAAAAGCACUGCUCUUUUUCCUAGCACUGUUUUUCUCUGAAUAAUUGACCAUCAGUUAUACACAAGUUACAUAACCUCAAAGUAAUAUGUAAAAUAAGUAAAACACAAAACCCUAAAUUGCAGUAAUGGCAGUCUUCCACAAAGUUUCCAGGCUGAUUUCAUAGCAUAGGACAAAUUAUGUAGCUUUUGUCACUUUUGUAUAGCUUUUUUUGGUACAUCUAUAAAUGUCAUGCUAUUGAUGUUGAGUGUUCAGAAAAUAAUACGCAGUGCUAAACAUGGCUUAUUUAGGAGCAACACUGUAGUGUUCUGACUGAUAUCCAGCUGUGCAGGAAGGACACACAAGCAAACUAUUAGCUUUUAAACCACCUAAUUUGAAAUAUGUUAACUAUUUAGAACAUUGGUGUAAAUUAAGUUAGAAAUCCGUUUCUAUUUUGAUUAAUUUAGAGCGUAUGAUGAAUGUAGAUUUGCACUAAACAAGAGUGCUAUUGUAGCUCUGUGUUUUGUAAUAUUUUUUUUUGUGAGUUGUAGAAUCACUGUUGUCUGCACUGAUACACGAUGCCUUGUUAACUUUGUAUCCUUAAUUCUUCUGCAGCAUACCGAGAAAACUGUGCACAUUGUUUAAUGUAUUUUGUAAACUUUAAUUCAGGGAGAACACAUCCUUCUAAUACACUUAAAAUGAUCAGCAUCCAGCUUAAACAUUAAAAGGUCCAAUGUUCUACAAUAGGUAAAGACACAACUACUGCCUGCAAAAUUACAUAACCUAGGAUCGUUUACAUGAUAAUGAAUUAUGUUGCCACACAAAGAGACUCAUACUUUAGAGUCAGGUCUAGAGGAGGAGUGUGGGAUUGGAGUGCUUAUGUGUAAAACACUCACAUCAGUGUCUGUUUGUGUCUCCUCCAGUCAUAUGACUCCCCAGGCUGAGAUUACAGUAAAAUAUGAUGCUGGCUGGGUUGUUGGUUUGCGAUAAAAUGUCUUUGUAUUUGAGUUCAGCAUUAAAAGCUACAAAACAGUGAAUUUCCAUUACAAUAGUGCACAUCAUGGAAUGUUCUAGUAACACCUCAGAACAACAGGCAGAGCUCACCAACAGCUGAUAGUGGAUGGCCACCAACUGGCCAAGGUACAUAAUGCGCUUAAGUUGCCCCAUGUACUACCUGGAAAACAUUUUUUAUUCAUUAUCUAGAGAAUUUGAGAAAGACAAAUAACAGGAAAUACUUAAAAAAGAAGACAUUUCCCAUUUUACCCAUUAGAAAAACCUACUUAUGUCAUACUGAGUAAUUUUUUAUAUUAUACAUUUUAUGUACAUUUUUCUUUGAUAUUGAUGUUUAUAACAUUCUUUUGGUUUCAUGUUUCAAAGAUGGCCAGAACUUAUCUAUCAUGAUUAUUUUCAGCAUAUCUUUAUCUCUCAGAUUAAACAAGCCUUUUAUGUACACUGUUCUGAUGCACAGUGUGAAACAUGCCUGAGAGUUGCUGUAUAAAUAAGUAUAACUAAACCACUACAGACUGAUAUAUUAAUGAGUUUGUUCUUGUGGCAUCAUGACAAAAAAUCUCCAUAUAUGGACUGCUUUAAACUUUUUAUUUCUUCAUUAUAUAUCCCCAUUAAAACAUGAAGGAGACAUUGAAUGUACCAAGCUCUCGUUUAGCCACUUAAUUUUCAGCCACUUCUCUUGAUAUUGUGAGGCAUCAUGUUAUCCUGUUUUAUUGAGUAUUCUGUAUUAAAAACAAUACAGAAUGUUUACUUGAAGGCAGUGUUUUAUGCUAGAAUAUACCAGAAUGUUAAGUGUUAAGUGUAAUGUUUUGUCAUUUGUAUUGGUAUUGUAGAUUGUUUACUGCAAUGGCAAGAGCUCAUGAAUGGUACUUAUAGGAGCACACACACAUGUGGACAUCCGUUUUUAACCUGUUUAUGUCCAAAUAAUAUUUAAGUAUGAAAGUUAAGUUUAAAUUGUGAUUAAAUUCAAUGAAUUUA